GUGGAGCCUACUGUGCCCAGCCCAGAGGGCUCUCUACAAGGAAGUCAUGCUGGAGAAUUUUGGGAACGUGGCCUCUCUGGGACCUCAGAUUGCCAAACCAGACCUCAUAGCCUGGCUGGAGGAAGAGGAGGAGCUGUUUCUCCUGUUCUCUGAUGAACUGGAGGGAUUUAUAGGAGGUGAGCGGGAGUCAGCAAAUAAAACAAAAGAACAGGCAUUAAUGGAGAAUGAAGAUAUGUAUCUGCAACAGAAAGAGAACACGGAAUAUUGUAAUGCAGUGAGGAAGGAAGAGGGAAAAUACCCACCAAGGAAUAAUUCUGGUGUUUUUCCAGGUGAUAUCUCCCACAAAGUUCCACUAGUUCAAAAAGUAUAUGAAAGAGGCUAUUGGAAUAAGAACACUGUGAAUGAGGGAAAUUUUCAUGAAAAAUCAGAUGUUGAUGUUCACUGUAAUACAUAUACCAGAACAAAAGUAUUUAAAUUGCUAGAGUGUGGAAAAACUUUUGAACAGGCAGAAAACCUUAAUUCCUGUCAAAGAAUUCACACAGGGGAGAAACUGUACAAAUGCCUGGAGUGUGGGAAAAGCUUCAGUCAGAAAGGAAUCCUUUCUUCUCAUCAAAGAAUUCACACAGGGGAGAAACCAUAUCAUUGUCUGGAGUGUGGAAAAAGAUUCCAUCGCAGUUCACACCUUACAUGCCAUCAAAGAAUUCACACAGGGGAGAGACCGUAUGAAUGCCUGGAGUGUGGGAAAAGCUUCAAACAGAAAGGAGCCCUUUCUUCCCAUCAAAUAAUUCACACAGAUGAGAAACCGUAUCAUUGUCUGGAGUGUGGAAAAAGAUUCCGUCAUAAUUCAAGCCUUACAUGCCAUCAAAGAAUUCACACAGGGGUGAAACCAUACGAAUGCCUGGAGUGUGGAGAAAGAUUCAGUCGGAAAGGAGCCCUUUCUUCCCAUCAAAGAAGUCACACGGGGGAGAAACCGUAUAAAUGCCUAGUGUGUGGGAAAUGCUUCAAUCAGGUAAGUAGCCUUGCUUCCCAUCAAAUAAUUCACACAGGGGAGAAACCAUAUCAUUGUCUGGAAUGUGGGAAAAGAUUCCAUCACAGUAGAGCCCUUAAGUACCAUCAAAGAAUUCACAGAGGGGAGAAACCAUAUCAUUGUCUGGAGUGUGGAAAAAGAUUCCAUCACAGUACAAUCCUUAUACAUCAUCAAAGAAUUCACACAGGGGAGGAACCGUACAAAUGCCUGCAGUGUGGGAAAUGCUUCAAGCAAAAAGGAGUCCUUUCUUCUCAUCAAAGAAUUCACACAGGAGAGAAACCAUACAAAUGCCUGGAGUGUGGGAAAAGCUUCAGUCGGAAAGAUACCCUUACUUCUCAUCAAAGAAUUCACACCAGGGAGAAACCGUACAAAUGUCUGGAAUGCGGAAAAAUCUUUGAUCAGACAGAGAAUCUUAAUUCCCAUCAAACAAUUCACACAGGAGAGAAACCAUACAAAUGCCUGGAGUGUGGGAAAACCUUCAGUCAGAGGGGACACCUUACUUCCCAUCAAAGAAUUCACACAGGAGAGAAACCGUACAAAUGCCUGGAAUGUGGGAAAAGUUUCAUUCAUAGUUCACACCUUACAUCCCAUCAAAGAAUUCACACAGGGGAGAAACCAUAUAAAUGUCUAGAGUGUGGGAAAAGCUUUACACAGAAUGCACACCUUACUUCCCAUAAAAAAAUUCACACAGGGGAAAAACCAUAUCAAUGUUUGGAGUGUGGAAAAAGCUUCAGUGACAGCAGAUACCUUACAUUCCAUCAAAGAAUUCACACAGGGGAGAAGCCAUAUAAAUGCCAAGAGUGUGGGAAAAGCUUCAGUCAUGGUUCACAUCUUAUUUCUCAUCAAAGAAUCCACACAGGGGAGAAACCGUAUAAAUGCCUAGUGUGUGGGAAAAGCUUUACACAGAAUGCACACCUUACUUCUCAUCAAAAAAUUCACACGGGGGAGAAACCAUAUACAUGCCUUGAGUGUGGAAAAGGCUUCAGUGACAGUGUAUACCUUACUUCCCAUCAAAGAAUACACACAGGGGAGAAACCAUACAAAUGCGUGGAGUGUGGAAAAAGCUUUAUUCAUAGUGGAGGCCUUUUUUCCCAUCAAAGAAUUCACACAGGAGAGAAGCCAUUUGUAUGCCUUGUGUGUGGUAAAAGCUUCAGACAGAGUGCGAAACUUACUUGCCACCAAAGAAUUCACACAGGGGAAAAACCAUAUGAAUGCCUUGUGUGUGGAAGAAGCUUCAGUCAGAAUACAAAACUUACUUCCCAUCAACGAAUUCACACAGGGGAGAAACCCUAUCAGUGCAAAGAGUGUAGAAAAAGAUUCAGUCACAGUGCUCAACUCACUAUCCAUCAAAGAAUUCACACGGGAGAGAAGCCAUAUAAAUGCCUGGAGUGUGGGAAAAACUUCAGUCAGAGUGGAAACCUUACUUCCCAUCAAAGAAUUCACACAGGGCAGAAACCAUACAAAUGCCUGGAGUGUGGAAAGAGCUUCAGUGACAGUGGUUACCUUGUUGUUCAUCAAAGAAUUCACACAGGGGAGAAACCAUAUAAAUGCCUGGAUUGUGGAAAAAGAUUCAGUCACAGUGCACAACUGCGUAGCCAUCAAAGAACUCACACAGGGGAAAAACCAUUUAAAUGCCUCGAGUGUGGGAAAAGCUUCAGUCAGAGUGGACACCUUACUUCCCAUCAAAGCAUUCACACAGGAGAGAAACCAUAUAAAUGCACAGAGUGCGGUAAAAGCUUCAGUCAGAGUGGAAGCCUUUCUUCCCAUCAAAAUAUUCACACAGGGGAGAAACCCUAUAAAUGCAUGGAGUGUGGGAAAAGCUUCAGUCAGAGAGGAUACCUUAAUUUGCAUAAUAGAAUUCACACAGGGGAGAAACCAUAUAAAUGCCUCGAAUGUGGGAAAAGCUUCAGUUAUAGUUCAAACCUUACUUCCCAUCAAAGAAUUCACAUGGGUAAGAAAUCAUAUCCAUACUAACAGUAUGGAAAAACCUUCAGUCAGAGUGGAAGCCUUGCUUUUCAUCAAAGAACUCAUAUACAAGAGAAAGCAUAGCAAUCCUCAAAAUGUGGGUAAAUGUUACAUUAAACUAAUCUGAUUUAAAACUGGAAAACAAUACCAUAAAAUAGUAAAAUACAUACAAUAAAUAAAAUGGGAAAACAGCUUAAUGUCCACCCAUGGGGAUUACAACUACAACCCUAUUCCAUUAACAGCAAUGCCCUUGUGAGCAUUGGUAAAAUGUACAUGGUGUUAUCCUGUAUCCUAUCUAGGCUGAACUGGUACUUAGAAGGGGAUUCUCUUUGCCUUGCAUGAAGAAACAGCUCUCCAGGAAAAGACAAUGAACACUAUAUCAUGUAUCUUACUAUAUAAUUGAGUAAGCGUGUUUCAGACAACUCACUUUACAUGCCAUGGUGGGUAGCCCAGGCCAGGAACAGGAGCGAAGCAAGUGGCAAUGCCUUUCUCACGACUUAUCCUUCAUGUUGGCCCUAUUCCAAGGACGCCACUAACCUUUUUCACAAUUUCUCCCAUUUGGAAUUCAUCCUACUUGAGUGUCAACUUUUAAUAAAUAUUCAUUAGUAAUAAUAGCAUAACAUAAGAAUAUUAUCCCUUAAUAAGCAUGUAUAGAAUUUAGAAGCUAUGUUAAAAGCAUGAUUAAAAUAUAUUUAAGUUAUAAGUAGUUAAUAUGUUCUUGCUAAAAUUAUGCUGAAAAUGCCUCAAGUUUUUCAAACGGCGAUAAUAUCUUUUGCCAGAUGGUGGCAUCACAUCCAAACAAAUCAAAAUCUUGAAAUCCAGCCAGAAUGCUCGGAAAGUCUUACUUUGUAUAUGUUUUAAUAAUAUACCCUUGUAUCUUUAUAGGAGCCCACUCUCUCUCCCCCACAAACUCUUAUAAUCUUCCUAAGGAGUAUAAAUCUUACUAAAUAAAUUUUACCUAAGAAUGAACUCUGAUAAAAGGGAGCUUGGGUGCCCAUGUUUAUUGAAUGUCUCAGCCAUUGCUCAUACGGAUGUGUACUAUGUAAUCUGCCUUGAGUCUUAGUGAGAAAAACAGUAUAAAUAACAUAAAGAAACAAAUAAAUAAACUACACUACCCUUGUUGAUCUGUUCUCUAAUUUAGUAAUCCCGUUUGUAUGAGAGUAUGUGUUGUGCUGUCUUCGUUACUUGGCUUUUAAAUCU